AACUCAAACACCGACUGCGUUGACGAAAGCGCAAUUGAUGAUGAUUCCGAGUGGGAAGACUCGAUCGAAAAUGAGAAAAAGUCUAGCGUUGACGAGAAGACUUUCUUCCGACGUGUGGACAUCAAGGAUAAGCCGACCUCGCAUCGCUCUCUUAUUACCAUGAUGAUGGUUGAGCAGAACGAUCGCGGAGGGGUAGGCAAUGUUGCCUCUCGGUCGACCUCAGUAGUCCCUUGGUCUCGUACCAGCCACCCGGCUCCGUCUACCUUGGCCGUCUCUCUCAACGAUUCCGACGACGCCCCGUUGAUGAUGAAGCGUGGAAACCGCUCGCAGCCUCUGAAGCCUGUCACUGAGGUGCCACGGUCCGCUCGUCGGUCUAUCUCCAAGACUGCUAGCCGCAACUUCCAAGCCGCCCUCCUCCCCCCCCGAACCACACGACGAAAAAUGGUAAAGACAAAGCUGCCUGAGCCUGUCCGACGGAACCUGCUUUGGGAGCGCCAGCACAAGUCAGCUACUGCUAAUGCAGUGCUCAGGUGCCGCCAUACCUUCCACGACGUCGCGAACCUGAAGCAGUAUCCCGAGAUCGCCUCGACCACCACGAGGAAGGAUAGUUCCAUCGAUGCCCUAUACUUCGCUAUUCACACAGCCGAUCGCGAUGGUUACAACAUAAAGGGAUGGUGA